AGUACGUUACUGGCGGCAGCGACGGUGGCGAAGCUGGUGGUGGUAUUUGAGUGGUAGAGCGCAGAGCCAGUCAGCCCUCCCUCGCACACGUAAGAGCAUGAAACGGAGCAGUGAGUACACGAGGCGAGUCAGUUCACUGUCGACUGCGAUCGAGAGAGGAUUCGCGUCAGUUUCAGUUACGAUUUCAUCGCCUAUACGGACACUCGCGAAAUAAUAAUUUUUCGAAUAUCACGCUUGUGUUUUUUUUUUUUUUGGUGAACAAAAAUUUGGGAUUACCAAAACGAUGAACCAAACAGUUUGAUUGCACACGUGUGUGUUUAUAUGUGUGUAUGUGCGUCGAGAUUUUUGUGGGUUUUUUAAAUACACACACGUACACACAUUGGGGGAAAGAAGAUAGUGUAUUUAAGUGCGUGAGGGUGCGUGAAAAUCAAGGAAAAUAGAAACGCCGGUGAGAAAGAAGAUCACCCGGUGAUCCAUGCGAGGAAAAUGAGCGAUCACGUGGUGGAAAGUACGUUCGAGCUUUCAGCCCUUAUGAAAGCUGGUGUUAUGGCGGGUUCCGAGAGAGACAGCGGCUCUUGUAGUGGUGCUGACGAGGACAGCAGAUCGGGUCUACAUUCGCCCACCGGAUCCGAAGACAGCGUCGAGGUACAGGUGACGCCGAUUUCAUUACGAAACAAGCGAAAGCUGGCGGAACCGCGGAAGAUUCAAGAGACGAGCGUCAUCGCGACGCCGUUAAAAAAGAGACGAUUUGAUCCGAUCUCCGAGCACACCAACGUGGAUCAAGAGGAGGGAACCGCUCUGAAUACACCUAGUCCCUUUAGACCUUGGAUUCCUGUCUCCCGUAAGAAUGAAUUUAAACCCACUGUGACCUUAAUAACGACGUCGUCGACAGCUACGUUGACGGUCUCCAGCACAACGACAAUCACCGCGAUGGUGACGUCGUCGACGGUAACUUCGACGACGUCACCUACAAAGGCAUCGUCCAGUGAUGGAGAAGAGGAAGAAAAAAAGGAAGAAACAGACGGAACAGCGGAAAGGUUGCACGAAUCGAUGAGAAAACUGCAACAUCCCAGUGGUCACGAUCGAUCGAUUGUUUCUGCUCGACGAGAACCUCGUCAUAAGACGUUCGAGUCAACGGCACCGACAACAUCGGUACUCACGUCUAAUGUGAUUCCCCUGCCGCAUCCCAGGCUGCAAGAAGAGCCGCUGUCCCUAGUGGUGAGGGACGAAACUCCGAGAGUGCCAUCACACCCUGCCGUGAGCGGUACUUACGAGAAGACACCGUCGUACAUGAUGGAACAUCUGCUAGCGUCGUCCGGUCGCGGUCAGAUUCACCAGCAGCAGAAUCAUCCGAGUCACCGAGGUCAUCCGACGGUGUCCUCUACGUCUAAACAUCAUCACCAGGGCGGUCAGCAGAGGAAUUACAAAAAUAUGACGAGAGAAAGACGAAUAGAAGCAAAUGCUCGAGAGAGAACCAGAGUUCACACCAUCAGCGCGGCCUUUGACACUCUGAGACGCGCCAUACCGGCGUACUCGCACAAUCAGAAGCUGUCGAAGCUCUCGGUGCUAAGGAUUGCCUGCAGCUACAUCAUGACGCUCAGCAAGAUUCUCGAAAAGGACGACGAAGUGACGACAACCACAACAAGAACCAAUUGUCCCACGGGUUUGAGUGGUUGUGUCGAUCUGGUUUCAAGAACUAUUCAAACGGAAGGUAAACUCCGAAAGCGGAAGGACGACUGAAAAAAUUUUGUUUCCAGAAGAAGAAAAAAAACAACAGACAACGGAGACCGCGUGUUUACGAGAUAACAGCUCGAGAUAGCCGGUGAUUUCCUAUCUUUCACACGUUGUUGAAAAAAAUUGUUCGUCUUUUCUUCUCGAUAUCAUUUUGAUCAGCGCGGGAAGGAAAAGACGAUCCGUAAAGUUAAGCAAGCCAUUUAACUUAAGAAAAAUCGAUCACCUGCGGUCUCCAGCUCUCAAGAUAUACUACGCAAUUUCUCUCUCGAUUUCUUUGUAUCAAGAUUAUACAUUGAACUGAAUUAAUGUGCAAAGAAGAAAUGUUAAUCCAGUUCAAUGGGAGCUAUGAGAGACAGAAGAAAUUUUUGCAAAACACAAAACAAAAGUUCAAUUAAACAGAUAAUUGUGAGUUCUGUUUGUCUGAAAUAUUUAUAAAAAUUAUAAUUAACCUC